AUGGCCACCGACAACAAGCAACCUCAUGAAUAUCCGUACCCGUCAUGGUACCACUCGCUGCACGCCUACAGUCGUGCCUCCGAUGACUUGCGGCGUCAAGCCGAGCUAAUGCGACAACGCGGCAAAGCCAUUCGCAUUGAAAGUGAUGCACUUGCAAAGUACUACCAACUGGACGUAAAUAACCGCUUGCGCAACCGCAUCCAAUGCAACCGCGAGUGGGUGCAUAUGUUGCGUGACCUGCUGAACGCGAUUAUUUCAGUGACGCAAACUCUGGGUGACAUUAAGAUCCAGGCAGACCAAUUCCUUGCCAACUUGAAUGACGCAAUGACCGUCAAUUUGGAGUCACUUACGCAUCGAGACACUCGACGUGAUGGUGAUUACGUACUUGAUGAUGUACAGGAAUAUCUUGGCAGGAAGGAGAUACGAGAUGAGUUACAAGGCAUAAUCGAUGACGCAGUUGUGCAUCUGAAGGCGUUGGUCGCUAUUCGCAGAGAGGCAGAAGAGGCCAUUGCCAAUAAAAAAGAGACCAUUGAAAUCGAUGUGGGUGUCCAUAACGCCAACGAAAAGUCUGCCAACAUUGGCUUUAAGCCCUUCCGUACACGUAAUGUUAGCAAUUACCUGGAGCUGCAGACAUAUGAGGAUCUUUUCCGCGAUCUUCUGAGUCGAGGUGAAGAUUGUGUUGCCAAGGGUCGGGCAUUGUGCGAGCAGCUCUAUGAUGCCCUGAACAGAGCGUCUAAUAGGCUGGGACAAAAGGCGGAGGAUGUGUCACAACGUCUACGACGACGCAUCUUUGAGACAAGCUCGGCUUUGCGCGAACUACGCUAUCAGCAAGUGGAGCUAGAGAGGAUGAAAGAGAAGCUGCUAAUGGAUAUUGCCGAGUGGCAGUCGUCACGAGCCUCCAAAGUGGCGCAGCAGAAGUUGUCGGAGACACGCACCGAAGAGCGCACUAAACGUCCAGGUCUGGAAAACGCUAAGGAUGCCGUUUACUAUGGCCUCAACGAGGAGCACAGUCAUCUGAUUGAGGCCAUUGAUGCACUGGAUGAACAAAUUGUCAAGGCUAGGCACGUUUUUGUUUUGCCUUAUCAACGAAUUAAUGGUAACUUUGUGGAUGGACUUCGAUGA